AUGAAGCGAAGCGAGGAACACUGCACCCAAUUCCUGUUCGCCGAACUCGGUACAUCAGGCAGUGUCGACGGUUCCCGUCGCCUGGUCAUCAAGGGAAGAUUCCAACAGAAGGGUAUCGAAUCAGUCCUGCGUCGUUAUAUUGUUGAGUACGUCACAUGCAAGACGUGCCGCAGCCCCGACACCGAGCUCAACAAGGGAGAGAACCGUCUCUAUUUCGUUACUUGCAACUCCUGUGGAUCCCGCCGUUCCGUCGCCGCCAUCAAGACUGGUUUCCGUUCCCAGAUCGGCCGCAGAAAGCGUGUGGGCUAA